GAUUUUUCACUAUGAAAGCAAGGUUUAAUAUCUUUCUCAGCUCCGUCUUCUGUUUUAUCCUUGUUUAACUGUUCAUGUACGAAGCCGAUAAAUGUAACAAUCGCUGUGAUUCCCAAUAAGCACGCGGCAACAAAACCAAAGAAGUCAUAGGGUACCUCAAGUAAAACACAUGAAGUAAAUGUCUACAUGGAUAUCCGCUGACUAAUCUCUGUCAAGUCAAAUGGAGCCAGUUCUCGGUUUUCUUGAAGAAAGCGAUGAAUAUUUUGAGGAAUACGACGAGACAAAGCUACCAACUACAGGAUUAGAGUACCUUAGGAGAGUACAACAAGAAGCAGAAAGAUGUCCUGAGGUUGUUAUAGCUGAUCUGACAAAUAAAGAGUUUGGAAAAAAACAAACUGUGAAAAUCAACCAGGAUUCUGGCUGCGCCCCAGCACCCACAGGUGCAGCGCCGUCAUUAGAAUGGCAACAGCAGCAGGCGGCUGACUUUGCAGAUGUUCGUCAGUGUCUGGCUAAUUACAAGACAAAGGCAAAUUCCCUAACAGAUGCCAAUAUUAGCUGGCCAUCUAAGAAUGAUGAGAUUCAAUGGUGCAGGUUUUGUCUUGGAAGAGAGGCUGCAAUUCACAUAUGUAAAGCAUUUGGGUAUCCUGACUCACGCUUGACACAUCCGCAACAAAUGCCAGAGAUGGACAAUUUCACUGAACAGCAGUGGGAAAAUGGAUCUCCACCCACACUGACAAUGAUGGUCAAACUAAACCAGACACUAGUGCAGCGACUCCUGGAGUGGCACACCUUAUGGAUGUCCGUAUUGGGCUAUUCACAUGACCAGGGCCGGUGGAUAUAUUCUCUGUUGGUCUGUCUGGAAAAACCAUUACUUGCAGACUGCACAGCAACCUUACGCACACUCGCAAGGCAGUGUACUGAAUGCAGGCUUACUCAGAUGCCAAUGAAUGAGAAGAAUGUUGAGCUUGUGACGUCACUUAAUCUGAUUAUCGCCCUGGUUUCAAGAUACUUUGGACAGACAGAUCUUGCCGACCCCGGCUGAAGGCCUUCUUGUCACCAGUUAUGAUUAUAUUUAUUAUGAUAAUAAACAUUACAACAACACAA